AUGCAGGAACUUCUUGAUAUUGUCACUGUUUUUAAAUCACUGUUCUUUGUCUCAUCAUCCAUUUUCCAGUUCCUUAUAAGCUAUCAAGGUGGAUUAGUUAUUAACCACGCUGCUUCAGAUGGACCAUUCAUGCUGGGCCCAUAUCAGGAGACGGGAAUCAAACGAGGUAGCAAUCUACGCAAUAUAACAAAGACUCAGAACACAUUUUCUGUUGCAGGUGCAUUCCAUUGCGAUAGCAGUUGUACGGCCAUGGCUAUGGAUUUGCCUUUUGUAUUUAUCGGUGACCACGGUGGGAAUGUAGUCGUUCUGAGAUUAAGUGGCGAUACAGCGCAGAUGGUGAGCAAGCUGAGUGCUCACACAGGGCCGGUAUCGUCGCUAGCCUGGAACAGAGUGAAGGAAAUUCUUUAUUCUGGCAGUUAUGACAAUCUAGUGAUCAUGUGGGAUAUUGGCGGAAAACGUGGUGAAGCUUAUGAGCUGAACGGACAUUCUUCAAAAAUCACCAGUCUAGUGAUCGCCCCGGGUGCAGCGCGCCUUUUUUCUGCUGAUGAUGCAGGAAAGCUUGUUUGCUGGGACAUGUCUGCUAACAGACUGGAAACACCUGGUUGGAAGACCGCUGAUAACUGUGAAAUUUGCGAUGCACCUUUUUUCUGGAAUCUCACAGCUAUGUGGCAAAGAAAGGUGGUAGGACAACGACAACAUCAUUGUCGAACUUGUGGAAAAGCUGUAUGCGGUUCUUGUUGUUCAAACUGGACCAUCUUUCCUCGCAUGGGUUACGAGUUGCCAGUUCGCAUAUGUAAUGUUUGCCAUGAGAAAAUGGAGGAAAAUCCGCAGCAAUUUGAGUGAGU